AUGGACGCGACGAAGCGAAGCCAGCCUCAUCCCAUCGUCGAGGAAGCCUUCACAAAAUUUGAGGCUCUGGUUGGGGCGAACGAUGCACGGUUGUUUAAAGCAACGACCCUCGCGGACGUGCGAGAAGCUGCGCGCAUCAUUGAGCGUGAUCAGUCGCAAAGAAGAUGCCUGCGGAACAUGAGACGGAUUGAGCCCCUCUUUGACGCGUUACAGUUGCUAGGCGGCGCCAUCGAGACUUUGUGCCAAGGGACUCCAUAUUUGUGCUUCAUCUGGGCUCCUAUCAAACUUCUUCUGCAAAUCGCAGAUGAGUACACCAAUGCCUUUGACCAGCUCCUCGAUGCCUAUCGUCAAAUAGCGCAGAAUCUGCCCCGCCUCGGCCGCUUUGGGGCUGCGUUCAAGGACCAAGAUGACUUUCAAGCUGUGCUCGCCGAGAUCUACAGUGAUAUUCUCGAAUUUCAUUCGCAUGCGUACAAAUAUCUACGCCGUGGAGGCUGGAAAUGCUUGUUCGAUGCGUCCUGGAACAGUUUCUCUCGCCGCUUCAACGCGAUCCUGCAAAGACUAGCAAGAGGUCGAGAUCUUAUCGACAAAGAAGCACAAGGCUUUGCUAUCCUCGAAGCGAAAGCUUUUCGUCAGCAAGUUCUUGAAGAAAUUGAACGCACGGAGCAAGAACGUCAGGAUUGGCAAUUACGCGAUACCUUUGCCUGGCUCGACCUUAAAGGCCAGGACCGCGAACAGAACGACUUGUUCGAGUGCCGAUCUAGGGCUCGCAACCCCGGCACCUGCGCCUGGAUCCUGGAAAACUCUGCCGUUCGUUCGUGGCUCGACCCUGAGGACAGCCGGCCUCAGCUCUGGCUGCGUGGGAAACCAGGCUCAGGGAAAACUACUCUCGCCACCUUUCUUUACGAGAAUGCCCCAAUCCCUCCAAAUGCGACGAUGCUGUACUGUCUGUGCUCCUAUGGCUUUGCCAGAUCUGAAGUCAGUGUUUGCGGGCUGGUAUUCCGCUCUCUCAUCGCCCAACUCAUAAGAAAAGAUCGCAGCCUCCUGCCGCAUGUCUACGAUAAUCAUGUGAAGACUGGAAAUGUACCGUCGGCCACAAAGAGCAAAGACCUGCUGAAAGAUCUUCUCCGAGCUUGCGGCCCCACUUUCUUGAUCCUUGAUGGCGUCGACGAGUGCGAUGGGAGCCAUCAACGGCAACUUUUGUCGGAUCUUCGCGCUUUUUUCCUCCCAAACAAGAACACUGACGAGGGCCAUCUGCCCAUCAAAAUCCUGAUCUGUUCGCGAGAAACAAAGGAGACUAUGUGCCAUCUUAAGAGAGUGCCUCAAGUACUCUUGACGAAAGAGAGGGUCAAAGUGUCGAAAGAUAUUAGUUUGUUCGCGAAAGAAAGCCUCUCUCCACUGAGAGGCCGAUUUAGUGGGCCAGUGGUUGACGAGAUUGAGGAAAGUGUUGUUGAGAAAGCUGACGCAGGAAUGUUUCUGUGGGUGCAACUGGUUCUAGACAUGCUAUUUGACCAACAUAGUGUGGAGGACUUGAGACAAACAUUGGACGAAUUGCCGUCAGAGCUCCCAGGGGUAUAUGCCUCGAUACUCAAACGCUUGCACGGCGCUUGUAACUGGCAACAAAAAGCCGAUUUGCAACAUAUUCUCGGCUUAUUGGCCUUCUCUUAUCGUGCGCUAAAGGUGCAUGAGCUGUGUGACCUCGUCGUCUUCAGGAAGCGCGAUUCUCUCAAUGACAAUACCAAGCUUCAGAAAAGCAUUCUGGACAUUUGCAAACCGCUCUUGGAGGAACAUGAAGACCACACUGUCCGAUUUGUGCACUUUUCUGCGAGGGAGUAUGCAUUUUCACACCUUGAGUAUACCGUGAUGCUGAUUUUUGCCAGGUAUCUUUUGCAUGAACACAGCGGUCCUUAUCUUGACCGCCAGCAAAUCCAUCUCAGUUUUACACAGUCAUGCAUUCGAUAUCUGAUAACCUGCCAACCUUUUACUGUGCAGCCUCUAGCCCUUGGGACCCGGGCCGAUAUCGUGAAGGGAUUUCAUGAUAUAUUUCCGUACGUGGAUCAGUUCUGGACAAUGCACUUGACCGAGUCCUUUAGAGCUGUCUCAGAUUCCCUUCCAGAAGAGCAUGUUCAUUCGCGGCAAAAGAUCCAGCACCUUCUUCUUACGUUACUGAGAGUGUUUCAAACCUAUGGGCCAGACCAGCUUAAUGAGGAACACUAUGGUUAUGGCGGUUCGGAACGUGGGGCUUUGCCUUUGAAAGUCUUGACCCUUGGAGACUUGCCGGAACCUAUUCUUCGUCACAUUGACUUCAAGAAGAGAUUUAAGACAAGACACGCAGAUGCCAACCCGACCACUGUCUGGGUGAAGGCGUCCACCGCGCAAGACAUUUCGAAGGAUCCAAUAUCACUCAGCUUUGCAUUCAGUCGCUUUCAAGAAGAGUUCGAGGCUUUACUGGCGCAUGAAUCAACUGACCUGGGCAUUAAAAUUGGCGUCGGCCUCGCCGAGAUACUCGACUUCAAGAGUCGCCAUAGCUCGGGGGCAUACCUCUGCCGCUGGCGGGGAUGUGUGUCGGCAUUAACUGGAUUUUCGAGUGCGGCGGAACGAUCGACCCACGAAAUGAGCCACGAAGAACGAUUCCGCUGUCAUGACCUUGCUUGUGACUUUUCUGUUCGAGGAUUCACUUCCAAGGCCGCACUUCGGAAGCAUGUUGAAAGAUAUCACACCGUCUUGGGUGACAUUGUACUCCCCCCUUUUCCUGGGAAUAGGUCUUCCACGAAAGCUACAUCCUACAAUGGUUACCCACCUCGUGCCAAGCUGACGGGUCCUGCCUCUUUGACGUACGAAGUCCCGAAUACCAACAAAGAUUCAAGGGACUCUUCGGACUCUGUGCAUCCCUGGAGUGGCAGGAUUCUCGCCGAAUCCCUGGGAAUGGAUUCUGCGCCGCUCGCCACCUCUGCGCCGAUACUUGACUACACUCCGCUAGUAUCCCCCUCUCUGCUGCCUUACGCCUCUUCACAAAAUGAGCUACCUGAUUCUUCGCUGCAAACCCCCUCUGUGCCGAUUCCUAACGGCACACGACUUCCGGUACCUGGUCCGCUACAAAACCCUUCUGUGUCAAUUCCUGACUACAAAGCGGUACCUGGUUCUCUGCUACCAUCCCAAUAUUACCCGCUCUUAACUCGGCCAGGUCGUUCUUCUCCACCGCCCAUGCUCCCUUCCUCAAGAUCAGGCUCUCCAGUUGCACCAAAUGCGUUGAACCUUGCCAGCAUUGUCCCACCACUACGUGACCAUACCCCCGAUCCUGAUUUUACCCUAUUCGAUGAUCUGGGCGAGAACUCGGCGAAACAUUGGCUUACAAUGCCGCCUGACGAAACCGAAGCGAUUAUGGGCCAAGGAUUGGGCGGCAUCGGUUCGAUGGGCAGUCAACUCGACGUGGACGCUUCUCUCAACCGGGAUUGGAGCCCGGGGGAGUUCCAUGACGAUGCCACAUAUCUGGAUUAUAUGAAAAGAAAAUAUCGCCCAAAGCCUUUAGACGAUGCACCGAGACUCCAUAGCAUGAAGCUCUUCCCGGAGGGGCCUAUGAAGAAGUCUAUUGGUGGAUUGCCUCGGGCUCCCUCCAAUCUUGCAAACCUCCUCAAUUGA